UAAAAAAAAAAUAAAAAAACUUUCAUAUGUUCUUUAAAAUUCCAAAGCCGCGUCGUCUUGAAAUGGGUUCUCCCUAAAUUUGCUGUAUUUGAAUCCCCUCCAAAUCCGCUGUAGUGGUUCCAGUCCGGAGGCAACAAGACUUUCUCUCUCUAAAUAUGCUUGUAGGACAGUAAGAGAUUUUUCUUUUAUAUCCUGAAGUCUUCAUAGUAAUCGAAACACUUAAAAAAAUGAGUCCUUCAACAAAUGGAGCCAUCCCUUGCAGUCUUCACUGCCUAGAAGAGCAAAGUUCAUGUCAAGUUGACAAUGGAAGAAGUGAAAGCUUAGGUUCUGAAAACAAUGACAUGGUCUUGCAGACAGAAGCUAUACUGAAGAAGUCCAGGAAGCGGAAGGAAAUUACAUUGGAGGACAUUUACAACAACCAAACUGGUUUGGAUGUUGACGAUGAUGAUGAUCUUGAUUGGGUGCCAACUCAAAAAAAUUUGGAUGUUUUCAAGUGGACAUGCGUCAACUGUACGAUGGUUAACCUUGAUGAUGCAGAUUGCUGUGAAAUUUGUGGGGAGCAUAAAGAAUCCGGGAUUGUCAGACAUGGUUUUUUUGCAUCUCCUUUCUCACUAGGAGCUGAUCUUACUCAAGCUGAGCAUGACACUAUCAAACGCUUUAGAGAUUCAUGUUCACAGACUUUAACAUCAAACAACACAACUGCUAUAGGAUUUGAUGAGAGGAUGCUGCUCCACUCAGAAGUGGAAUUGACAUCACAUAUGCAUCCUGAGAGACCAGAUCGUCUUCGAGCUAUUGUUGCAAGCCUUUCUACUGCUGGUAUAUUUCCUGGAAGAUGCUUUCCAAUUCCGGCAAGGGAAAUCACACCUGAAGAACUGCAGAAGGUGCAUUCGACUGACCUUAUUGAAUCUGUUGGCAACACCAGUCGUUAUUUGACUAGCUAUUUCACUCCUGACACAUAUGCCAACAAGCAUUCAGCAUGUGCUGCAAGACUUGCAGCUGGUUUGUGUGCAGAUCUUGCUUCUGCUAUCUUCUCCGGACGUAUGAAAAAUGGUUUUGCUUUGGUUCGACCUCCUGGCCAUCAUGCUGGUGUAAGUGAUGCUAUGGGUUUCUGCCUGCACAAUAAUGCUGCAGUUGCUGCAUUAGCUGCUCGGGCUGCUGGAGCUAAGAAAGUGCUUAUUGUUGACUGGGAUGUUCACCAUGGAAAUGGUACACAGGAGAUAUUUCAGAUCACCAAAUCGGUCCUUUAUGUAUCCUUACACAGGCAUGAAGGUGGGAAAUUCUACCCUGGAACUGGUGCUGCAGACGAGGUGGGUAGCAUGGGUGCAGAAGGGUACUGUGUGAAUGUUCCAUGGAGACGAGGUGGUAUUGGCGAUAAUGAUUACCUCUUCGCAUUUCAGGAAAUUGUUUUGCCUUUAGUUACUGAGUUCAAUCCCGAUUUCAUCAUUAUAUCAGCCGGAUUUGAUGCUGCUCGGGGUGAUCCCCUUGGAUGUUGUGAUAUAACACCAGCUGGCUAUGCUCAGAUGACUGACAUGUUGAAUAGUUUUGCUGGGGGGAAAUUACUUGUUAUUCUUGAGGGCGGCUAUAAUCUUCGAUCAAUAUCAUCCUCUGCUACAUCUGUCAUUAAGGUUUUGCUGGGUGAAUCUGCUAAAUGUGAAAUGAAGGAUAUUAAACCUUCCAAAUCAGGAUUGCUUACAGUUAUGGAAGUCCUGGCAAUUCAAAGUAAUUUCUGGCCUUCCUUGAAAUGGAACUAUUCAAUGCUGCAGUUGCAGUGGAGGAAUACUGUUUCUCAAAUCAAACAAACUGCAGGUAAAAAGUGUAGAAAAGGAGGACUGAAAGGAGGGACACCAAUAUGGUGGAAGGUGGGCAGGAAAUGGUGGCUGUAUCAAGUGUUAUCAGGUCAAAUUAGUUCAAAAUUAAAGAGGUUUAAGCACUGAUUUUAACAGUUGAGGAGGUUGUGUAAAUUUCUGAUUAAAAUCCAACUAGUUUUUGUGUUUUUUUCUCAUCCAGUUUUUGCUUACUCAUAGCAGAGCUAAUUAUAACUUGUGCUGGAUCUACAUUUGCUCUAAAAUUAGAAAGAAGAAUGGUUUUUGGACUGAUGAGAAAUCAGAUUAUACCUUUUCAUUC